AUGGCUUAUCCAUUCCUCCUCAACAUACCCAUUCCGGGUCGCAAGCAAGACGAAGAAAAGGCCCCAUCAGUGCCUGACGAUGGCCGAGCUUCAUCGACGAAUGGAGACCCGUACCAAGGUAGCCUCGGGCGCACACCGAAUGAACAACAGACUCGCAGCUCAGCUGCUGCUAUAAAGCACGAGCUCACGCCUGGCUUCAUGGAUCAAGACACUAGCAAUGAGCCUUUAGCACGCACGGAAAACUUUGACAAACUCGUAUCAUCAGAAGGUAGCACGCAUGGCAUGACUACUAAGAGCUGCGCCAAGCAUGGCGAAGAUAAAACUGUCAUUGACCUGACUGAGUCUGAUGGCGAAGGUGAGGAGGGAGCUACACCAGCUACUAUGGUUUCCAGCAACCCUUCUUCUCAGCUACCUGGAUGCGCUUCACCAGCCACUAGAAUCAAGUCAGAGAGCACCCCAGACCCCGAGGCACCACCCCAAAACAUCAGUGAGCCGCAGAAGAUCAAGCCUGAUCCAGAAGAUCAGGGUACCGAAGGCUCACACUUGGGAUCAGAUAUCAGCACUUCACGAGGGACAAAGCGACCUGCAGAUCAAAUAUCUGAGGGAGAGUCAGAAGACAAGAAGCCACCCUCAAGGAAGAGAGGCCGACCCGCAAAGGAACCUCCACCUCCAAUUUACAAAGCUACUACGAAACGAGCGCCAGGAACCAGUGACAUCCCGGGAGCUCCGGCAAUUGACGACAGCGUUCUCUCGAAGAUCAAGAAGUGUUUUGAGCGCGCAGAGCACGAAAAUGCUUCUGAAACAGAAGCGAGGGCGGCAAUGUUCCUGGCUGGAAAGAUGAUGCGCCAAUACAAUGUGGAAAAGGCCGAGGUCAUGCAGCACAAGACGCCUGAAGAGCAGGCACAAUGUGCCGGAUCUAGCGAAGUCACGAUUGAACGCCGUGACGGAACCAAGGUGCCGAUUCCCAUAAGACAAUGGGUUUCUGACUUGGCAUCGGCUAUGAGAAGGUUCUUCGACGUCAAAUGCUACUCAAGCACUCCCAAGGAUCGUUUUAUGGUGAGGUGGGUCUUCUACGGAAUCGCGCAAAACACGGCAUCUGCAGCAUUGGCCUUCGAGAAGAUAUACAAUCUUAUUAUGGACUGGGCUCGGUUCAAGACAGGCAUUGCUGUAACGAAUAGUUACUGUCUUGGUAUUGCUGACCAGCUCUAUCGUGAUGCUAAGAAGGAGAAAGAAGAGGAAAUGAAGAAAGCUAAGGAAGCCGAAGCUGAGGAAUUGGCUAAUAGAGAGAAAGAGGAGCAAUUGCAACGGGAGAAGGAGUUGGAGCGACUACAGCCGACUGUAGAAGAUGAGCCCGAUCCAGAGCCCACGGAGAACAACAACUCCGAAAGACCAUUUGACUUUGAGAUGGAUGACACAGGUCUGGAAGCAGAUCUGGAUGCCUGCUCUGACCUCGAAAGUACCCAUUCAGAGAGUGGAGGGCCGAUGAACAUGGACACUACCACACCCCAGGACAACGGCAAGGAAGACGAAAACGAAAGUGAUGACGACGAACCGGACUUCAUUCAUGAUGACGAUGAGAACACGGAUCAGCACUUGUGCGAUACUGAUAAGGUGAUUGACGACCUCGUUCAGAACAUGAACAAGCGCAGUUCGAUCUCUCCUCUCCGUGUCCCACGACAGCCUUCUCCGCAGCUUGCUCCUCCGUCGCCAAAGCCCACCACCCCUUCCGCGAGGGAAAGCCCAGAGCCGGAGCCGCAUUGGAAGUCGGCGAUGCAACUUAUGUUAUUCAGGGACACGGCGGCCAAGAUCGCAGAUGACUUCCUCAAAGCGAAGAAUCAGAAGCUCGGGCGCCCCAGGCGUAGAGGCGCCAAGCCAAAGGAUGCUAAGGCUUUCAGGGAGGGGAGGAAGGAUGCAAAGAAGAUUGAUGUCCGCCAAAAAGCUUUGGAGGACAAAAAGCAAGAAACCAAGGAGGAAGACGAUGGUUAA